CCACGAGCUCCUUCUCUUCUCCGCCUUCCACCCCUCAGCGAGCCCCCAACCCCACGCACCCUCCUCCUCGGCGGCGGCGGCGGCGGCGGCGACGAUGCAGAUGGCAGCGACCCCCACCGAUUCCCAGGCGUCCGUGCCGCCUCACCACCCACACGCUCACCCCCACCCACCUCCGCAGCACGCGCACCCGCACCACCACAUGCCGCAGCCGCGGUGGGUCGUCAUCCCCUACCCGCCGCCGCCGCCCAUGGUGGCCGCGCCACCGCCGCAGUUCGCCAAGCACUUCUCCGCCGGGCCGCCGCCGCCGGCGCCCGCCUCGGCCGGGCGCCGCACGCCGACCCCGCCCGUGGCCGGAUCCGGCGGGAACGGGUGCGAGGAGAAUAAGACGAUUUGGGUCGGCGACCUCCACUACUGGAUGGACGAGAACUACCUCCACAGCUGCUUCGGACCCAGUGGCGAGGUGGUGACAAUAAAAGUUAUCCGCAAUAGGCAAACUGGACAGUCAGAGGGGUAUGGUUUUGUAGAGUUCUAUUCUCAUUCAUCAGCAGAAAAAGCUCUUCAGAAUUUUACUGGUCAUGUGAUGCCUAACACUGAUCGAGCUUUUAAGUUAAACUGGGCAUCUUAUAGCAUGGGUGAAAAGCGAUCUGAAGUGGCUUCUGACCACUCGAUAUUUGUUGGUGAUCUAGCUGCUGAUGUUACUGAUGAAAUGUUGAUGGGGCUUUUCGCUACCAAGUACCGAUCGGUGAAAGGAGCUAAAGUUAUUAUUGAUGCAAACACAGGCCGUUCUAGGGGCUAUGGAUUUGUUAGAUUUGGAGAUGAUAACGACAAAUCUCAUGCAAUGACUGAAAUGAAUGGUGUAUAUUGCUCUACGAGGCCAAUUCGUAUAGGACCUGCUACUCCCAGAAGAUCAGGCGAUUCUGGCUCCUCAACACCUGGUCGUUCAGAUGGUGAUUCCUAUAACAGAACGGUGUAUGUUGGCGGGCUCGACCCAAAUGUCAGUGAGGAUGAACUUAGGAAAGCCUUUGCCAAAUAUGGUGAUGUUGCGUCUGUAAAAAUUCCUCUAGGAAAGCAGUGUGGCUUUGUUCAAUUUGUUAGCAGAACUGAUGCGGAAGAAGCACUACAAGGACUGAAUGGAUCAGUCAUUGGAAAGCAGGCAGUUCGCCUUUCAUGGGGCCGCAGCCCAUCACAUAAGCAGUCUAGGGCCGACUCCAGCAACCGAAGGAACAUGUACUACGGCACACCAUUCUACGGUGGAUACGGCUACGCCUCCCCUGUGCCGCACCCUAACAUGUACGCCACCGCCUAUGGCGCCUAUCCUUUCUACGGCAACCAGCAGCUGGUGAGCUAAAGAGCUUCUCUCUGUUCCAUCCCCUCCGAUGGAAAACAAGGUUUUGGUCCGGUGAGCAUAGUGGCGUCAAGUGAGAGGUUAUAGAGUGUCCUAAAAAGUGGUGAGAUAUGUUGAACGGAUGGUACCUGUAGUGUGGCGUGUGUCGCAGAAACUAGAACUCAAGGCUUGUACACCAGGAGUCAUUGGUAUUCUUUCAAGAAAUUUUGACUUGCUAAUAAAUUAAACUAUUGUUUGUGCGUCCA